CCAGUCCCCAGUGGGCCGCCAUGUUGUUGGAGUGAAAGGUAAGGGGGAGCGAGAGCGCCGGAGAGAGAAGAUCGGGGGGCUGAAAUCCAUCUUCAUCCUACCGCUCCGCCCGUGUUGGUGGAAUGAGCGUUGCAUGUGUCUUGAAAAGAAAAGCAGUGCUUUGGCAGGACUCUUUCAGCCCCCACCUGAAACAUCACCCUCAAGAACCAGCUAAUCCCAACAUGCCUGUUGUUUUGACAUCUGGAACAGGGUCGCAAGCGCAGCCACAACCAGCUGCAAAUCAGGCUCUUGCCGCUGGGACACACUCCAGCCCUGUCCCAGGAUCCAUAGGAGUUGCAGGCCGUUCCCAGGACGACGCUAUGGUGGACUACUUCUUUCAGAGGCAGCAUGGUGAGCAGCUUGGGGGAGGAGGAAGUGGUGGAGGCGGCUAUAAUAAUAGCAAACAUCGAUGGCCUACUGGGGAUAACAUUCAUGCAGAACAUCAGGUACGUUCUAUGGAUGAACUGAAUCAUGAUUUUCAAGCACUUGCUCUGGAGGGAAGAGCGAUGGGAGAGCAGCUCUUGCCAGGUAAAAAGUUUUGGGAAACAGAUGAAUCCAGCAAAGAUGGACCAAAAGGAAUAUUCCUGGGUGAUCAAUGGCGAGACAGUGCCUGGGGAACAUCAGAUCAUUCAGUUUCCCAGCCAAUCAUGGUGCAGAGAAGACCUGGUCAGAGUUUCCAUGUGAACAGUGAGGUCAAUUCUGUACUGUCCCCACGAUCGGAGAGUGGGGGACUAGGCGUUAGCAUGGUGGAGUAUGUAUUGAGCUCAUCCCCGGGCGUCUGUCUAAGAAAAGGAGGAUUUGGCCCAAGGGAUGCAGACAGUGAUGAAAACGACAAAGGUGAAAAGAAGAACAAGGGUACGUUUGAAGGAGAUAAGCUAGGAGAUUUGAAGGAGGAGGGUGAUGUGAUGGACAAGACCAAUGGUUUACCAGUACAGAAUGGGAUUGAUGCAGACGUCAAAGAUUUUAGCCGUACCCCUGGUAAUUGCCAGAACUCUGCUAAUGAAGUGGAUCUUCUGGGUCCAAACCAGAAUGGUUCUGAGGGCUUAGCCCAGCUGACCAGCACCAAUGGUGCCAAGCCUGUGGAGGAUUUCUCCAACAUGGAGUCCCAGAGUGUCCCCUUGGACCCCAUGGAACAUGUGGGCAUGGAGCCUCUUCAGUUUGAUUAUUCAGGCACGCAGGUACCUGUGGAUUCAGCAGCAGCAACUGUGGGACUUUUUGACUACAAUUCUCAACAACAGCUGUUCCAAAGACCUAAUGCUCUUGCUGUCCAGCAGUUGACAGCUGCUCAGCAGCAGCAGUACGCGCUCGCAGCGGCUCAUCAGCCUCACAUCGGUUUAGCUCCCGCUGCAUUUGUCCCCAAUCCAUACAUCAUCAGUGCUGCUCCCCCAGGAACGGACCCCUACACCGCUGGAUUGGCUGCAGCAGCGACACUAGGCCCAGCUGUGGUCCCACACCAGUAUUAUGGCGUUACUCCCUGGGGAGUCUAUCCCGCCAGUCUUUUCCAGCAGCAAGCUGCCGCUGCUGCAGCUACUAAUUCUGCUAAUCAGCAGACCACUCCACAGGCUCAGCAAGGACAGCAGCAGGUUCUCCGAGGAGGAGCCAGCCAGCGCCCUUUGACCCCAAAUCAAAACCAGCAGGGCCAACAAACAGAUCCGCUAGUGGCAGCUGCAGCAGUGAAUUCUGCCCUUGCGUUUGGACAAGGUCUGGCUGCAGGCAUGCCAGGUUAUCCAGUCUUGGCUCCUGCUGCUUACUAUGACCAAACUGGGGCCCUUGUGGUGAAUGCAGGGGCAAGAAAUGGUCUCGGAGCCCCUGUUCGACUUGUAGCUCCUGCGCCAGUCAUCAUUAGCUCUUCAGCUGCACAAGCAGCUGUUGCAGCGGCCGCAGCUUCAGCAAACGGAGCAGCCGGUGGUCUUGCUGGAACAACAAAUGGACCAUUUCGCCCUUUAGGAACCCAGCAGCCUCAGCCCCAACCCCAGCAGCAGCCCAGUACCAACCUGGCCUCCAGCUCUUUCUAUGGCAACAACUCUCUGAGCAGCAGUUCACAGAGCAGCUCCCUCUUCUCCCAGGGCUCUGCCCAGCCUGCCAACACGUCUUUGGGAUUUGGAAGUAGCAGUUCUCUUGGUGCCACCCUGGGAUCAGCACUUGGAGGGUUUGGAACAGCAGUUGCAAACUCCAACACUGGCAGUGGCUCCCGCCGUGACUCCCUGACUGGCAGCAGUGACCUUUAUAAGAGGACAUCGAGCAGCUUGACCCCCAUUGGACACAGUUUUUAUAACGGCCUUAGCUUUUCCUCCUCUCCUGGACCCGUGGGCAUGCCUCUCCCUAGUCAGGGACCAGGACAUUCACAGACACCACCUCCUUCCCUCUCUUCACAUGGAUCCUCUUCAAGCUUAAACCUGGGAGGACUCACAAAUGGCAGUGGAAGAUACAUCUCUGCUGCCCCCGGCGCUGAAGCCAAGUACCGCAGCGCAAGCAGCGCUUCCAGCCUCUUCAGCCCCAGCAGCACCCUCUUUUCUUCCUCCCGUUUGCGGUAUGGGAUGUCUGACGUCAUGCCCUCUGGUAGGAGCAGGCUUUUGGAAGAUUUUCGAAAUAACCGCUACCCCAAUUUACAACUGCGGGAGAUUGCUGGACAUAUAAUGGAAUUUUCCCAAGACCAGCAUGGGUCCAGGUUCAUUCAACUGAAGCUAGAACGUGCCACCACAGCUGAGCGCCAGCUUGUUUUCAAUGAAAUCCUCCAGGCUGCCUACCAACUGAUGGUGGAUGUGUUUGGGAAUUAUGUCAUUCAGAAGUUCUUUGAAUUUGGCAGCCAUGAACAGAAGCUGGCUUUGGCAGAACGCAUUCGAGGCCACGUCCUGUCCUUGGCACUACAGAUGUACGGCUGCCGAGUUAUCCAGAAAGCUCUUGAAUUUAUUCCCGCAGACCAGCAGAAUGAAAUGGUUCGGGAGCUAGAUGGCCACGUCCUGAAGUGUGUCAAAGACCAGAAUGGCAACCACGUGGUUCAGAAAUGCAUUGAAUGCGUGCAGCCCCAGUCCUUACAGUUUAUCAUCGAUGCUUUUAAGGGACAGGUGUUUGCUUUGUCUACGCAUCCUUAUGGCUGCCGAGUGAUUCAGAGAAUUCUGGAGCACUGUCUCCCUGACCAGACACUGCCUAUCUUAGAGGAGCUGCACCAGCACACGGAGCAACUUGUACAGGAUCAAUAUGGAAAUUAUGUAAUCCAACAUGUAUUGGAGCAUGGUCGUCCUGAGGAUAAAAGCAAAAUUGUAGCAGAAAUCCGAGGCAAUGUCCUUGUAUUGAGUCAGCACAAAUUUGCAAGCAACGUCGUAGAAAAGUGUGUCACUCACGCCUCACGGACAGAGCGUGCCGUGCUCAUCGAUGAGGUGUGCACCAUGAACGACGGUCCCCACAGUGCCUUAUACACCAUGAUGAAGGACCAGUAUGCCAACUAUGUGGUCCAGAAGAUGAUUGACGUGGCAGAGCCAGGCCAGCGCAAGAUUGUCAUGCAUAAGAUCCGGCCCCACAUCGCGACCCUUCGCAAGUACACCUACGGCAAGCACAUUUUGGCCAAGCUGGAGAAAUACUACAUGAAGAAUGGUGUUGACUUGGGGCCCAUCUGUGGCCCCCCUAAUGGUAUUAUCUGAGGCACAGUACCCUCUCUCCCAUUCUCGUCGACCUCACUGGCCCGUUGGCAAAUCCAACCAGCAACCAGAAAUGUUCUAGAGUAGAAUCUGACGUGGGCGGACGGUUGCCCCGGGAUUGCUCCCUCCUCCAAACAGGAAUCAAAUCCACAAGUGGAAAAGCCUUUGUAAAUUUAAUUUUAUUACACAUAACAUGUACUAAUUAUUUUUUUUAAUUGACUGAUUGCCCUGCUGUUUUACUGGUGUAUAGGGUACUUGUACAUAGGUAACCAGUGUACAUGGGAGGCCGCCUAUUUUGUUCAAUGUUGUAUCUAUAUUCCCCAUGCGGAAACUUUCAGGGUGGUUGGUUUAACAAAAAAAGUUUAAAAAAAAAAAAAAGAAAACGUUUUUAACUCAUUUGCCUCAUCGGCAAGUUUUGCAAAUAGCUCUUCCCCACCUCCUCAUUUUAGUAAAAAACAAAAACAACAAAAAAACCUGAGAAGUUUGAAUUUUAGUUACAUGAUCCCAAACUGGCAUUUAACACUGUUUAUAAAAAUAUACAUAUAUAUAUAUACAUAUAUCUAUAUGAUGAAAAGCAUUUCAGAGUUGCUAAAGCUUGGGUUUCUGGAGCUUCUGAAAAUGGUCUCGGAGACAGGUGCUCUGGAAGGAAGUGUGGUGUGCGCUGUGAGGGAGGCCCGCCGGGCUCGUGGGUUACUGCCUAUUGGGUUUUUUCUGUUAACACUGAAAGACAAAAUCUGAUUAUUUAGCAUGAGAAAAAAAAAUCCAACUCUGCUUUUGGUCUUGCUUCUAUAAAUAUAUAGUGUAUACUUGGUGUAGACUUUGCAUAUAUACAAAUUUGUAGUAUUUUCUUGUUUUGAUGUCUAAUCUGUAUCUAUAAUGUACCCUAGUAGUCGAACAUACUUUUGAUUGUACAAUUGUACAUUUGUAUACCUGUAAUGUAAAUGUGGAGAAGUUUGAAUCAACAUAAACACGUUUUUUGGUAAGAAAAGAGAAUUAGCCAGCCCUGUGCAUCCAGUGUAUAUUCAUACCUUUUAUGGUCGUAGCAUAUAGUGUUGUAUAUUGUAAAUUGUAAUUUCAACCAGAAGUAAAUUUUUUUUCUUUUGAAGGAAUAAAUGUUCUUUAUACAGCCUAGUCAAUGUUUAAAAAGAAAAGGAUAGCUUGGUUUUAUUUGUCAGCUAGACAGUAGAAAGAUCCUUUCUAAAUGUUAUUCGAGAUGGAUUUAGUUCACACUAGUGGUUUUUUUUUUUUUUAACCUGAAAAAGUAAUGUUUUGCUUAUUUGGUGACAGUCAGAAGGACGUGCAGAAGUUCAGCCCUGCCCCAGCUUUCCUUUCCUUCGGAGCCCCUCCCACCUUGUAAAGUGUGAAUUGCCCUCCCUUUUUGUACAGAAGAUGAACUGUAUUUUGCAUUUUGUCUACUUGUAAGUGAAUGUAACAUACUGUCAAUUUUCCUUGUUUGAAUAUAGAAUUGUAACACUACGCGGUGUACAUUUCCAGAGCCUUGUGUAUAUUUCCAAUGAACUUUUUUGCAAGCACACUUGUAACCAUAUGUGUAUAAUUAACAAACCUGUGUAUGCUUAUGCCUGGGCAACUAUUUUUUGUAACUCUUGUGUAGAUUGUCUCUAAACAACGUGUGAUCUUUAUUUUGAAAAAUACAGAACUUUGGAAUCUGG